ACAAAAUCGUAAACACGCAAAACCCUUUCGCCCCAGCUCUCUAGAAGCCUCUUUCUGUCUAUCUGAUCGCCGCCUCUAUCAUCAUCCAUCAUGCCUCGCCGAAGCUCUGGAGGAAGAUCUGCCCGCCCAGCUCCUCGUCCUGCACCAGCACGCAGCCCACCUCCCCAAACAGUUAACCAUGCUCCUCCACCAGCUCAUACUCAGAGUAGUGGUGGUGGAUCAUUGCUCGGAGGCAUUGGCUCAACCAUAGCUCAGGGCAUGGCUUUCGGUACUGGAAGUGCAGUGGCACACAGAGCUGUUGAUGCGGUGAUGGGUCCUCGCACUAUUCAACAUGAAACCAUAGUCUCUGAGGCUGCUGCUCCCUCAGCACCCGCUGCAAGCAGUAUGGGUGGUGCUGAUGCAUGUAAUAUCCACUCCAAGGCAUUCCAAGAUUGUGUGAACAACUUUGGAAAUGACAUCAGCAAGUGCCAGUUCUACAUGGACAUGUUGACCGAGUGCAGGAAGAACUCAGGCUCUAUGUUGAGUGCCUAAAUGUUGGCCCAUUGCUUUGCCAUGAAAUGGAGUAUUGGCUUUGAACUAUAUUUCUAUUUUGAUUUAUGUGAUGGUGAUGAAGCUAUAGUCCAUCUAUGGUACAUUUAUUAAUUUUUGUGGUGAAUUACUAGAUGCUGAGAUUCAAAUACUCGACCUUCCAGGUUAUUAUUGAAACCUGGUUAUCUGUGUUUUGUUCCAUCAAGUGCACAUUCAUCUGAUCGAAUGCCAAUGGUUGGUCUUGAAUAAUUACGGACAGUGAUUCAUUGAUGUUAUCAGCUUUCCUGAUUCUUAAUAA